UGUAUAUGUUGCACAUUUAAGAGAUAACUGUCUCUUUGACUACUGAGUGGACUUCUCAUUUCUUGUGUGAUUGGUUUCGUAAGCAACACUGCUUUAGCUUCAUUAUCUUCUACUGUUAUGGCUUAAAACUGUUUAGAUGCUGGUGCUGAAGCCUGACUUGUCUUUCCUGCAGGCUGGGGUCCCGUCCAACGCCACUCUUUCCCAUCUGCUGACACGCCUGACACCUGCUCCUGGCCGUACUGCUCAACUCUCAGGAAUGUUACAGGGCAGAGGCAUACUCCCUGAAGGUGGGCAGUCGUGCUCCCACUGUGGCCGCUUCUUCCUGCGUCCCGUGGACCUAGGGCGACACCUUCGCACACACACGGGGGAGAAACCAUUUGCUUGCCCUCAUUGCUCCUUUCGUAGUGCCCAGAGUGGCAAUGUUUAUCGACACAUCAAGAUGAAGCACCCAGAGUUUGCUGCAACUGCUACCCCGUGAAAAUCUUUAGUUCUUCUUAUCUAAAUUGUUUAGGUGAUGAUAUAGUUGUCUUACUACCACUACCAACACUACCACAAUACUUUGAGCACUAAUCUGAGUAUUGACAGAAAAGACGUACAGUAUAGGAUACAGUAAUUUGCUUUGUAUAAUUUUCUUGAGGCACUUCAUGAAAAUCUUACGGUAUGCAAAAUUACAAAAUAUAUCAAAAUGAUUGAAGUAAAUUAAAGUGCCGGCUCAAAUUGCUUAUUUUGUUGAUUUCUCUCUAUUGUAGGUAAGCCCAGGGAGUGGUGGUAGUGGUGGUCAGGGAGGGAGUGGGGCCUCCUUGUACAGCCGUCAACAACAGCAGCAGCAACAACUUCCACAGGAUCAACAACAAAUGGAUCUCACAGACUAUCAGCAUCUUCUUGA